AUGGCGUCAAAAGAGGAAUACAGCUCUUCUCGUCGACACCGAGACAGGAACGACGAUUCAUCCCGCCGUGACCGAGACGAGGGCCGAGAAAGGCGUAGAGAUCGCGAUCGACGACGGUCGCGAACUCCAGAAGAUUCGUCUCGGAGGAACCGCAGUCGAGAUCGAGAUCGAGAUCGAGACAGAAGACGCAGACAUUCACCCGAUGAAACAAACAGCCGUCGGCGCCCACGCCGGCAUCGGUCUAGAGACGAUGAUUCAGAACGUGACAGUCGCGCGCUGACUCGGCGUCGAGAGGACCCUGUGAGGAGAUCGGGACCGCUGCCGUCCCAAGAAGCCUCGUUCGCAGUCACCACGCAGGAAGGCGGAGACCCCGAAAAGCCGAAAGAAAAGCCAAAUAUAGGAACCACUGGCCGGCUAGCUGCAAUGUCCAACUCAGUUGCUCAGGCGGACGGCACCUCAAUCGUACUCAAGUACCACGAGCCGGCAGAGGCGCGAAAGCCACCCCCACGCGACCAAUGGAAGCUCUUUGUGUUCAAGGGCGGUGACAUUAUUGAUACCAUUGAGCUCAGCGCGAGGAGCUGCUGGUUGGUCGGAAGGGAAAUGGCCGUUGUUGACAUCGCCGCGGAACACCCGAGCAUUAGCAAACAACAUGCCGUGAUACAGUUCCGCUACACCGAGAAGAGAAACGAGUUUGGCGACAAGAUUGGCAAGGUGAAGCCUUAUUUGAUCGAUCUAGAGAGCGCCAAUGGGACUAUCCUGAAUGACGGGAAAGUGCCUGAUAGUAGGUAUCUCGAACUUCGAGACAAAGAUAUGAUCUUGUUUGGACACAGCACACGGGAAUAUGUCGUCAUGCUAGCUCCAAAGGACUAG